AUGAUGCCUGUGAUCCCAUGUUCUAUAAGCAAUGUUUCACCCAUUCCUGUUAAUGCUUUUAUAAUAAAGAACAAUUAUUGUUUAACAAGAUCCAAUCCAACUAGAAAAUCUGGAAAACAUACUAUAUUCUCCGCGAGAUAUGUUUUACCUCUUUUGUCUUCUGUUAGAAUCUUUUCACAAUACCAAAGGGGGGUGCUUUACACAGUAAAUCCAGCAUCUAUAUCAUCUAUAUCACCAGCUCUAGUAAAGCAGCUUCGUGAAGAAACGGGAGCAGGAAUGAUGGACUGCAAGAAAGCUCUUUCAGAGACUGGAGGAGAUACCGUCAAAGCUCAUGAGUUUCUUCGAAAGAAAGAGGUGAACUGUGAGACAGAUUUUGUCUCCCGAGGGGACAUUUUUAAGGAGUUGUUUGAUGAUCUUGCCAUGCAGGUUGCUGCAUGCCCUCAAGUACAGUAUCUCAUUACAGAAGAUGUUCCUGAAGAUUUUGUGGACAAGGAGAAAGAAAUUGAAAUUCAGAAGCAAGAUCUCUUGUCAAAACUAGAGCAGAUCAGGUUAAAGAUUGUUGAAGGACGAAUCAAGAAGAGGCUUGAGGAAUUGGCAUUGCUUGAACAACCCUACAUAAAGAAUGAUAAUGUGGUGGUAAAGGACUGGGUGAAACAGGCCAUUGCAACAAUUGGAGAAAAUAUUAAAGGGAGGAGGUUUGUGCAGUACAAUCUUGGGGAGGGCUUGGAGAAGAAAAGCCAGGAUUUUGCUGCUGAAUGGAAACAAAGAAAACUGUUGAGAACUCCAUGUGAAUGGGAAACUUGGCAAACUCAGGUCUUAGAAUCAGGGAAAAAUCUGUCCGUCCAUCUGAGGCUGUUUAAGGGUCACCCUGCGGCACUUGUUAAAAAACUAAGGGAGGAAACAGGAGCAGGGAUGAUGGACUGCAAGAAAGCUCUGUCUGAAACUGGAGGGGAUCUUGAGAAGGCACAGGAGUACCUGAGAAAGAAGGGCCUAUCAGCUGCUGACAAGAAAUCAAGCCGACUUGCAGCAGAAGGCAGAAUUGGUUCGUACAUUCAUGACUCGCGACUCGUGAUUGGAGUCCUAAUUGAAGUCAAUUGCGAGACUGACUUCGUUGGUAGAAGUGAAAAUUUCAAGGAGUUGGUUGAUGAUCUAGCAAUGCAAGUUGUGGCGUGCCCACAGGUGCAAUUUGUAUCCAUUGAAGACAUUUCACAAGAAAUUAUAAACAAGGAAAAAGAGAUUGAGAUGCAGAGAGAGGACCUUUGCAAAACCAGAGAAAUAACGGAAAGAAUUGUGGAGGGGAGGAUCACAAAGAGGCUUGGAGAGCUUGCUCUGUUAGAGCAACCCUUCAUAAAGGAUGACAGUAUAUUGGUGAAAGACUUGGUGAAGCGAACGGUUGCUGCUCUUGGCGAGAACAUAAAAAUCCAAAGAUUUGUUUGAUUUACUCUUGGAGAGUCAAUUGAAGAUGCAAAAACAGAAACUGAAGCAUGAAAUGGGAGAAUGUCAGAAACAGCUCAUCCCUCUUGCAAAUACAGAUGGGUGAAUUUUGAUUUGAGAAACUAAUCUGAUUCUUUUUGUUGUGAUUAAAGCAAGGUAGUUUUUCUCUUCUAGUUUGUUACACGAUCCACGACUUUUGAUUUUGAAGAAGAGGAACAUUCCAAAUCUAUUUUUGGCUAAAUGAAAAUAUGAAAAUACAGUUCCCUGGAA